AUGGACAGCAAAGGUAGCUCCCUGCCUUCGAUGCCUGAACUAGCCAACCCCAUAAGCAUGAAGCAGCCCCCAGAGUCCCUCAGUGUACGGAAAGGUCGUGGGGACAUGGGCAGUGAUCCCGCUAUGCUAAUGGACAAAGCUGCUGCCCAGCUGGCCGCCACACUACAAGACGGCGUCCUGCAGAAGAUGGCUGGCCACAGUCACAACAACCACAGCCAUGAGAGGCUCAAAGACCUCACCUCCCGUGUGCUGAACGGGGAUCAAGACACGCUGCCCAAGCUUUGUGCUCCGGAGCCACCUAUGCUUAAGGGUGCUGAAGCCCCUGCUACCAACGGCACCCAUCAGCACAAUUGCCCGCCACAUACAGAGCCUGAACCCGAGCUGAAGGUGAUGAUACCCCAGGUGGUCCAGCAGCCACUGUUUGAGCCAUGCUGUGCCAAUGGGACGAGUUUGUCCACCGUCACUGAAGGUACACUAUCUGGACCCGACAAGAGAGAGGAUGUGAAGAAAAGGAGGGGCAGACCUCACAAACCAAAACCUCAGUCAAGCCUCAGUCCCUCGGCCUCCCCUGUGGAGUCAGCUGACCACACAUUUACUGUAGAGGGAACUGGAGCAGCAGAUGAGCUCGAUCUCAUGCCGGAGUUGACAACAGAGGAGACCACAGAUGUCUCUCCGCUGUUGAUCCGCUUCUCUGUUGGUGAUGUGGUCUGGACCAAGGUGUCAGGAUACCCCUGGUGGCCUUGCAUUGUGACCACAGACCCAGAAUUUAACAAUCACAUCAAACAGAAAGCAGCCAGCAGCAGGUCGGGCUUCUUUUACCACGUGCAGUAUUUUGGAGAUGCCCCUGAGAGAGGCUACAUCUUUGAGAAGAACAUUGUGUCCUUUACUGGUGAGGAUCAAUACCAGGAGCUGAGCCAAGGCAACAAACAGCCAGCCUCCCGUGUCAUCCACAAAAAGACCGCUCCUUCUGUUCCCCGUAAACUCCAGGCUCAGUGGAACAUGGGCAUCGUUCAGGCCAAAGAGGCCCUCAGCCUGUCGCUGGACGAGCGCAUGACAAACUUCACAUAUCUGUAUGAUGACGACGGGCCUCAUCUGAACCCCCACAUCCUGGACAAGCUGGAGCCAGAAGCGGGCAGCGAGAUGAGCCAGGAAACGGAGUCACGGCUCAGCCCAGACGAUCCCACCACUUCUGCACCAGACAUACAAGCUGAAUCAGUUGAACCUCUGAAGACAAAGAGAAGAUCCAAACAGGCUCAGUCGCCCACAAAGACCGUGGGGAGAAGGAACAAACCUGCAACGGAUAAUAACACGUCUGACCCCGCCAACAAAAGGAAAUCCAAGAUAGUUUCUUCAACAGACGAUAUUUUGGAGCCAGUCUCGCUUCCAGUUUCAGUUCCAGGGAAGAGGCAGCGGAAGACGUCCACCAAAAGGCCGCUAGCAGACGCUUCAGUAGAAAAGGAGCAGCAGCCCCAAAAGAGACGUAGGACGAGUAAAAAUGCUGAAAAACAGGAGUCAACUUCAGAGGGAACGGAGAAAAAGCAGAGAAGAAGGAAGAAAACCGACAAAGACGUAAAAGUAACGAAGAAGCGAGUGAGAAAGUCAAAAGCUGCUCUCGCUGAUGACCAAGACGCAGAGAAACCAAAGCGUAGGAGGAAAAGGAAACAGGAUGGAGAGAAUCAGGUCACGCCCUCCAAGGCAAAGAAAAGGCGAUCUUCCCCGUGUCCUGAGCCCGAGGGCUCUGGGAGCGAAGGACGACCCGAUUCUCCGAGUGACAGCUUGGACGGGAUAAAGAAGGGUGAACGAAAGAAAGAGUUCGUCUGCCAGAUGUGCGAGCAGGCGGGUGAGGACCUGGUCCCCUGUGAAGGCCAGUGUUGUGGGAUGUUUCAUCUCAGCUGUUUGGGUCCGUCCCUCAAACCUGACGAGAAGCCGCUGUGUCAGGAGUGCAGCACAGGCAUUCACUCGUGUUUCACCUGUAAGCAGUCGGAGGGCGAGGUGCGCCGCUGCCACGUCCCACACUGCGGCAAAUUCUACCACGAGGAGUGCGUCCGCAUCAGCCCCCUCACCGUGUUCGACAACAAGGGUUUCCGCUGCCCGCUCCACACCUGCCUGAGCUGCCACUACGGCUGCCGCACCAAGCAGAAGUCCAGCAAGGGGAGGUUGAUGCGUUGCCUCCGCUGCCCCGUCGCGUACCACGUCGGCGACCAGUGCGUUGCCGCCGGCAGCGAGAUGAUCACCAACACCGCCAUAGUCUGCACCAACCACUUCCACGCCAAGAAGGGCUACAGCCACCACAGCCACGUCAACGUCAGCUGGUGCUUCGUCUGCUCCAAAGGAGGGCAGCUGCUGUGCUGCGAGUCGUGUCCGGCAGCUUUUCACCCCGACUGCCUCAACAUCGCUAUGCCUGAUGGGAGCUGGUUCUGCAACGACUGCCGAGCCGGGAAAAAACCCAAGUACAGAGACAUCAUCUGGGUCAAACUGGGAACAUACAGAUGGUGGCCUGCAGAGAUCCACCACCCCAGAAACAUCCCCACCAACAUCCAGCACCUUCGCCACGAGAUCGGAGAGUUCCCCGUUUUCUUCUUUGGCUCCAAGGAUUACUUCUGGACUCACCAGGGCCGAGUGUUUCCCUACAUGGAGGGAGACCGAGGCAGCAAGCACCAGAGGACCGGCAUCGGCAAAGUCUUCAAGAACGCUCUGUUAGAGGCUGAAGUUCGAUUCAAGGAGAUCAAACUGAAACGAGAAGCCAAGGAGGCGCAAGAGAACAACCGAAAACCACCUCCAUACAAAUUUAUCAAGGUGAACAAACCUUACGGGAGGGUUCAGGUCUACACCGCCGACAUCUCCGAGAUCCCCAAGUGUAACUGCAAGCCGACGGACGAGAGGCCGUGCGGGUUCGAGUCCGAGUGUUUGAACCGCAUGCUGCAGUACGAGUGUCACCCUCAGGUGUGUCCCAACGGGGAGCGAUGCUGUAACCAGGACUUCACCAAACGUCUCUACCCGGAGACCAAAAUCAUCAAGACGGUCGGCAAAGGCUGGGGUCUCAUCUCCCUGAGAGACAUCAAGAAGGGCGAGUUUGUGAACGAGUACAUCGGGGAGCUUAUCGACGAGGAGGAGUGCAGGGCGAGGAUCAAAUACGCCCAGGAAAACAACAUCAUCGACUUCUACAUGCUCACCAUCGACAAGGAUCGGAUCAUUGACGCGGGUCCGAAGGGAAACUACUCUCGCUUCAUGAACCACAGCUGUCAGCCCAACUGUGAGACGCAGAAGUGGACGGUGAACGGCGACACGCGGGUCGGUCUGUUCGCCGUCUGUGACAUCCCAGCAGGGACGGAGCUGACGUUUAACUACAACCUGGACUGCCUCGGCAACGAGAAGACCGUCUGUCGCUGCGGAGCCCCGAACUGCAGCGGCUUCCUGGGAGAUCGACCGAAGAACUCAAACGGGCCGACAGCCGAGCCAAAAGGGAAAAGGUUGAAGAGAAAGUACAAGAAGAGGCGAGCGGAGGGAAAGAAGAAGUCAGAGGACGAGUGUUUCCGCUGCGGAGACGGAGGCCAGCUGGUGCUCUGCGACAAGAAGACCUGCACCAAAGCGUAUCACCUGUCCUGCCUGAACCUCACCAAGAGACCCUUCGGACGUUGGGAUUGUCCGUGGCACCACUGCGACGUCUGCGGCAAAAACUCGGAAGCUUUCUGCCAGCUCUGCCCAAACUCCUUCUGCAAGGCUCACCAGGAGGGGGCGCUGCGUCCGUGGCCCCCGACGGGACAGCUGUGCUGCCAGGAGCACGACGAGCUGGACGGAGACGACGGCCAGGACCAGGACGACGAAGCCUCCGAGACCACAAAAGCGACGGCGUCCUCCACCUCCGCCUCCAGCAGCAGCAGCCGUCCUCCGAAAGGCUCCAGGAAGGGAGACGGAGCCGAGGCCAAAACCAAGGGCUCAAAGAGGAAAGCAGCAGAGGCUUAA